AUGAUGCCCCGCAGGAGGAGCCGUUAUGUGCUCUUGGUGGCCUUUGUCAUGGCUUUCAUGCUGUACCAAGUCUUCAAAAACCCUGAAUGGGAUGCGACAGGCUAUACCGGCAGCAUCAAGCCCAAUGAACCUGCCAAGGGCAAGACCGAGCCCGCGAAGCAGCCUCCCGUCAACGAACCCCCCGCCAACAAGCCUCUGAACAACAACCCUCCCCCGGACAGCGAACACGCUCACGAUCAGGAGGAGGAUGAGCCCGAGCAGAACCCCAUGCGGCAGACGGCCAAGCAGACCGUCGUCAAGAUCCCCCAGCUCAAGACCGAGACCCCCAAGAAGGGCAUUCCCACAAAGUCCGCAAACACGCCCACGAUGCCCGUCUACAACCCCGACAACGAGCCCGAGGUCACGAAAGCCGCCAAGAUCCCGGCCGAGGACGAGUUCCACGCCAAGAAGCCUCCCGGCCGACCCAACGCCGACAACGCCGAGUCCAGCGCCUCCACGACGACUUCCCAGAUCCAUUGGCACAAGGUCAAGGAGCACUUUCCCGUUCCCACCGACAAGAUCAUUCCCCUUCCGACCGGCAAGCCCAAGGACAUCCCCAGGAUCCAGUACAAGUUCGAGCCCGAGACGACCGCCGUCAAGGAGAAGCGCGAGAGGCGCCUGGCGCAGAUCAAGGCUGAGAUGGUUCGUUCUUGGGGCGGGUACCGCAAGUACGCCUGGAUGCACGACGAGCUCUCCCCCGUCAGCGCUCGCUAUCGUGACCCCUUCUGUGGCUGGGCUGCUACGCUUGUAGACGGUCUCGACACCCUCUGGAUCAUGGGCAUGAAGGAGGAGUUCGACGAGGCUGCCAAGGCCGUCAAGGACAUCGACUUCACCUUCAGCCCCACGCGCCGCGACAUUCCCGUGUUCGAAACCAUUAUAAGAUAUCUGGGCGGGUUGCUUGCGGCGUACGACGUGAGCGGAGGAAAGAAGGGUGGUUACGACGUUUUGCUGGACAAGGCCGUUGAGCUGGCCGAGAUCCUGAUGGGCGUCUUUGAUACCCCUAACCGCAUGCCCAUUCUGUACUACAACUGGCAGCCCCAGUACGCCUCCCAGCCGCACCGCGCUGGCAACGUCGGCGUCGCUGAGCUGGGUUCCAUGACUAUGGAGUUCACGCGUCUCGCUCAGUUGACCGGAGAGAACAAGUACUACGAUGCGAUUGCGCGCAUCACCGACGCUUUCGAGGAUCUCCAGAACCGCGGCACCACCUUGAACGGCAUCUUCCCCGAGCAACUCGACGCUUCAGGCUGCAACAGGACCGCGGAGGCCAUUCGCUACCAGGAGGAGCAGGCUGCGGCUGCGGCUGCAAGCGCCGCGGCCGUUGCUGCGCACAUGAAAGAGCCCGAAGGCCACAAGCCUGCCGUGGACGAGAAGCGCGACGAGCCCGUGGCACCUCGUGAGACAGGCCUCUCGAAGCGGGCUGUAGGAGUUACCGAGGAUGGGGAGUCCGUGGUGAAGAACGCCAAUGUCGACAAGGAGGAGGCUUUCCCGAAGCCAAUCGUGAACGAGCAGCCUUUGUAUCCCGGAAACAGCGGUCGUAGACCAUCUCCCACCUCUCCCGAGGAGAAAUCCGAAUGGGAGUGCAUCCCUCAGGGACUUGCGCCCGGCGGUUGGGGAUACGAGCAGUACAGUAUGGGUGGAAGCCAGGACUCAACCUACGAAUACUUCCCAAAGGAAUAUCUCAUGCUUGGCGGUCUUGAACCCAAGUACAAGAUUAUGCACGAGAAGACAGUCGCAGCUGUCAAGAAGUGGCUGCUCUACAGGCCCAUGGUCCCCAAGGAGAGAGACAUUCUGUUCUCCGCAAAGGUCUCCACGGCUGGUGACCCCGAGUACGAUGCCCGAGUCGAGUAUGAGGUCACUCACCUUACCUGCUUCAUUGGUGGCAUGUUUGGUUUGGGAAGCAAGAUCUUUGACAGACCCGAGGACCUGGAAAUCGCCAAGAAGCUGACUGAUGGCUGCGUCUGGGCGUACGAAUCCAUGCCUUCCGGUAUCAUGCCCGAGGGCGCCUCCGUCGUCCCUUGCGCGUCUCUCGAGAGCUGCCCCUGGAACGAGACUCUCUGGUGGGAGCACCUUGACCCCUCUGCUGCCUGGCGCGACGCGCAGGUGAAGGAGUGGGAGGAGCGACAGAAGGAGAAGAAGAACGAGGAGCUUAGGAGAGCAGCCGCGGUCGACAGACUCUCUGUUGACAAGGCCAUGCCCCCGCCUGCGGAGGAGAUGAAGGUCGACCCCCUCGCUGAUGUCAAGGUCCCCAAGGACCAGCCGAAGAAGGUCAACGAUGUCAAGAAGACCGAGUGGCCCGCCCCCGAGCCCGGUCUCAACAAGUCGCCGUCCAACGUGGAUGAGCACCUCUUGAAGAAGAGAGCUCCCCCCGCCUCAGAGGAUCCCCGCAAGGGCACGUCCGAAGAGAAGGCCAGCAACUCGCUCAAGGACAAGCUCAACAUCAACAGCGACGCGUCGGAUUCGGGCACCGUCUCGAACGAUGCUCCCGUUAGCGGAGGCAUUGUCGGCACGAUUCCCGUGUACGAGGAGGAAAUCCCUGACCCCAAGCCCAAGUCCCACAAGGAAUACGUGAAGAUCAUGCUCGACGAGGAGAAGAUCCCGCCUGGCUUCGUCAACAUCAACUCUAGACGUUACAUCCUCCGACCCGAAGCUAUCGAAUCGGUGUGGUACAUGUACCGCAUCACCGGCGACCCGAUCUGGCAGGAGAAGGGCUGGAACAUGUGGCAGGCCAUCAUCAAGGCGACGCGCACCGAGCACGGCGCCAGCGCGGUCGACAACAUCCUCUCCAGCUCCCCGGAGCCCGUCGACGAGAUGGAGAGCUUCUGGGUCGCCGAGACGCUAAAGUACUUUUACCUGCUGUACUCGGAGCCCGACCUCAUCAGCCUCGACGACUACGUCCUCAACACGGAGGCGCACCCUUUCAAGAGGCCUGUGUAG